AUGUCUGUCCCAAAGAAGAGCAAAAAUUCUGAGCGUGGCUUUAGUGUAAAAGUAGAAGUUGAAGUUGGUGAGUGGGGAUUACGUACAAAAAAACGACAUAUAUUUUAUCCACCAUCAUUGAUCUUUGGGUGGGUAAAACAGAGACAAACAAUAGAUAAUGUCAUGAAUACCUAUGAGAAUGAAACACCUAUGGCCGAUCUGGUCUACUCGUUUGACUGGUCGUCUACUCCUCUUGGUGCUAUGGACACAUGGUCUACUUCGUUAAGGGCAAAUGUGGAUUUAUGCAUGCACGCUGCAUUUCCAAUGGCAAUAUACUACGGACCGGAAAAUACACUCAUCUAUAAUCAAAUGUGGCGGCCGAUUUUAAAAAUGAAACAUCCAUAUGCUUUGGGUAAGACACUGAAAGAAGUUUGGCCAGAAGUAAGGGAAAAAUUGGAAAAGAUCUUUGAAGAUGUCUAUGCAACAAAAAAAGGCCAAUUCAAUGAAGAUCUAUUAUUCUACCUGAAUCGGGAAGGGUACCCGGAAGAAACAUACUUUUCAUUCACCUUUAGCCCAAUCUUUAAAAAAGAUGGAACAGUUGGUGGCGUGUUUAAUUGUGUUCAGGAGACGACAAAACGUGUUAUUACAGCUCGACGAUUAAAAGUUUUGGGCGAAUUGGGGCGUCUUACUCUUGGUGCAAAAUCCAUAGAAGGCGCCUGUCACCUAGUCACCGCAACUCUUCGUAAACAUGACGCCGACAUUCCAUACGCACUAUUAUAUCUAAUAGAGGACCAUGCCACAGAAUAUGCUCGAACACAGUUUGCGCGUCUGACUGCCACCACAUUCGAUCAGAAUCUGGACACUCAAAUUGUCGAGGAUGGAGUCGAGGAAAUGAAGUUUGUGGAUGGACAUUCAUCAAGAGAAUUACCCGAUCUCCUAUCAAACACACAAAACCUCGUUGAUAUUACUGAUAUCGAAAAUCUCCAUAAAUCAACGUCUAUACCUUCGUUAUCAACUUUUAAGAAGAAUACUAAUAUUUGUAGUAGGAAUAAUAUCAAUGAAGAAGUUCCUUCUCCUUCAAUUUCACCGCCCUUUACGAAUACGUCAACCACUAAUAAAAAUAAUUACGACACCAUACCGAUAUCAUCAAAUCAACCGUGGCCCAUCCAUCAAGUAAUUCAAACUAACUCUCAUGUUGUCGUCAACCUCGCUAAUGAUUCCCAGGCGAUCAUGCUUCCCGUGUCGACUUCUAUCGGUGGAAAAAAUAUAUUGAACGCUAUUAUAAUUUGUGGUCUUAAUACACACUGUGCUCUUGAUGAGACUUAUAUGGAAUUUUUGCAGCUUGUUGCUAAUCACUUUGGUACUGGUUUGAGUAAUGGACGAUCUCGCGAAGAAGAACGAAAAAACACGGAAAUGUUGGCUGAUCUUAAUCGCCAAAAAAUCAUGUUCUUUCAAAAUAUUUCUCAUGAGCUGCGAACUCCUUUAACACUCAUGUUAGCCCCACUUGAAGAUGUAAUUACUACAUGUUCUCCAUCUUCGCCAAUUAUCCAAGAUCUAGAAAUGAUAAGACGCAAUGCACGUCGUUUGCUGAAACUAGUUAAUACUUUAUUACAG